AUGAUUUUAAAUGGAAAUAUGCAGCAUCAGUCGACAAUUUCCCGUUGGUAUCGAGAAUUCAAACGUGGACGGGUGAGUCUUAGCGACGAUUCCAGGGUGGGUGCACCAAAAACGGCAGUCACCCAGGAAAACGUCGAUGCUGUGCGCAAACUCAUCAUUGAAGAUAAGCAGAAAGCAGCCAGGGUUAAUUGGUGUCAACAAACGCUUGACACAUUGUUAGUGAAUGAAUCGUGGAUUUACUGUUAUGAACCAGAAAAUAAACGACAGUCGGCUAUUUGGGUGUUCCAAGGUGAAGAAAAGCCAACAAAAGCCAUGCCGGGUCAUAUUGCAACAAUUCCUCUUAAUGAGCAAAGAACUGUUACUGCGGAUUGGUAUACCACCAUUUGUUUGCCAAAAGUCAUCACCGAGCUUCGAAAAAUCAAUCCCGAAAGACGAAUCAUCCUGCACCAAGACAGUGCAAGCUCGUACACAGCCCAAAAAACAAAACAGUAUUUAACGGAAGAAAACGUGGAAUUAUUGGAUCAUCCUCCAUAUAGUCCCGAUCUAAGUCCUAACGAUUUCUUCACUUUCCCGAAAACUAAAAACAGACUGCGUGGUCAAAGGUACCAGUCACCAGAAGAAGCAGUUGACGCAUUCAAAAAUGCCGUUUUGGAUCUGCCAGCAAACGAGUGUAAUAAGUGCUUCGAAAAUUGUUUCAAGCGCAUGUAG